AUGUCUUCUAUAUUAAAUAGAUUUAAGAAAUAAACAACAUCUGAUACUCCAGCUGGGAUUAAAUUAGAAAAUACAUCUUUUGGUUAAUAAGCUGGUACUUAUUAACCUCCAAUAAUCCCUGCAGUUUAAUUACCAUAAUCUAAUUAACCAAGAUAAAAAGGAAGACCUGGUGGAGGUAAGAAUAUAUUUAUUAUAAAAAAGGUUGGGAUGAUGAAACUUAAACUUAGAGUGAGAAAACUAAUAUUUCAAAUAAUAAAGCUACUAACUCAAUUAAUUUGUUAAAUGAUACUCCACCUAAGUAAAAUGAAUAAAAAAUUAAUCAUGAUGUUAUAUUACCUCCUUAAAAUGUUAUAGGAAAUAUUUAAUUGAGCAGGAUUACAGAGUAUAGAUAAGGAUAGCUAUUAACUUUUGAAGAAUUAGAAUAAGGAGAAUUGUAAUUAAUGACAUAAUAUUAAGUAAUCACGAAUUCCAUUUAGUUGAUGAAGCCAUUAAAUUGGGUGGUAUCAAGUUAAAAUAAAGUGAUGCUGUUCUAAAAGAAUUUGCAAGAGCUAUUACAACUAUAUAAGAAUAACUUAUAGGAAGCAUACUCUUAAAUAAAUUGCAUAGUGAAGAUAACUGGAAAGUUCAAAUUGUAAUAUUUCCAUUCAAUUAUUAGAGAUGUAUAUAUGCUAUACAAUAUGUGUGUUAAUAGUAUUAAAACUAUAGAGAAUUCUUCUAUGUCAAUUAAUAAUAUUUGAGAGUUGAAACAGAUUAAUAAUUACUAUCAGGAGCUAUUGAUUAAACUUUAGCUGAAAUUAAUGGUUAAUCAAUUUAAAAACAAAAGGUAAUUAUUUAUAUUUAGUUUAAUAGGAAUUUUUAUUUGAAUUUAGAGAACCACCAAAACCAUAAUAAACUUCUUAGACUUAAUAGCCAAAUUUAAUUGAUAUUUUAGAUGUUCCUUCUAAUGAUUCAUCAUAAUAAAAAUAGCAAUAACAAAAACUUAAUUUAAAGUAACUCAAAAUUAAAUAACCUACUGCUUAAACAUAAUAAUAACCUUAAAUUUAAUAACCUUUAAUAUAAUAAUAACCUUUAAUUUAAUAACAAACAUAAAAUUAAUAUAAAAAUACUCAAUAAAUUAAUUUACUAGAAGCAUUUAGUGAUAUUUCUUUAGAAAAUUACAAUUAAUAAUAAUUAAUCUAAUAACCAUAAUAAUAAUAUUAAUAGUAAUCAUCUUAAUAAAUUAAUUAAUAAUAAUAAUAAAUUUAAAAUGGAAUAAGUUUUGAUGAUUUACUUAAUUAAUAGAUAACUAAUUAGUAGUAAGCUUAACCAAAAAAGAAUGCCUUUGGAUUCUUAAAAAAAAAAGAUUAGUAAUAAUAAUAAUAAUAAUAAUAAUAAUAAUAAUAGUUCUAAAAUAAUUAAUAAUAUUAAUAAACAAUAAAUUUGCUUAAUUCUCCUCAAUAAUUAUAUCAAUAACCUUAAGUUAAUAAUUAGGUUCCAUAACAGCAACCAUAAUAUUGUUAUAAUCAAUCUCAAAAUAAUUAAAAUCAAUAGAUUUAUUUAUAACCGCAAUAAUAAUACACUAAUCAAUAGUAUUCAUAAAAUAAUAAAAAGGAUUUAAUCGAUUUUCUAAAUAUGUGA